CUAUGGACUCUUUACGCGGCUCAUCCAGCAAUCAGGUAUUUGUCCGUCAUCGCUGAAACGGUUAGUCUUUUUUACAGAGGGUAUGCAUCGACGUCACUUUCCCGCCGAAAACGCGUUCCCUCAGCUGGACUGAGUAGCAAAAGAACCUGCUGCGUGACUGGAUUUAAUGGGGGAAACUGCGAAAACAGCUCAUAAUAAAACGAGAAUCAACACUGGCUUGUCUCUUUGGAGGGAACAGAGGGGUUCAAAACGUUGUGGAGAUGCUGUUUUUAUUACUCAACAGCUUCUCUCUUCUCAAAACUCCAUGUCAGCCUGUAUCUGGAGGCCAGGGUCUGGCUGGGAGAGCAUUAUUGUUCUUACCUCAAUGGCAAGGAGUCUUCUCUCCAAGUAGUCCAUAAGGGCCUGCUGCUGUGCUCCAACCAGGCCAGAAAGAACGAGGACAAGGAGCUGGAGGGCUCUCAUCUUAAAGACUGGAGGAGACUGCUUAGAAACGGAACUCGUGAAGUAAGAGAAAACCAAGGCUUUCACUUCGAAGACCACUUGACCAGUAGUCAUGGAAGGCAAAGAGGAGAUCAGUGAUACUGACAGUGGAGUUAUUCUGCAUUCUGGGCCUGAUAGCCCCAUGACAGUGAUGAAGGAUGUAAAAACUCAUACUCGGGUCAUGAAACUGAAGCAGCAAGCUCUGGAGGACAGGCUGAAGAUGUGUUUACUGGAACUGAAGAAACUCUGCAUCAGAGAGGCCGAGCUCACAGGACAUUUGUCCUCAGACUAUCCCCUGUUACCUGGAGAGAAGCCGCCUCAAAUUCGCAGGCGCAUCGGAGCUUCUUUUAAGUUAGAUGAGCCAAGCAUCCUACAUAGAACUGAGAACGCCGAGCUGAACUCGGUGGAGGCUGAUCUGGCUCUUCAGCAGCAGAUAUACAUGGCGGCUCAGAGACUGUGCCAGGAGAACCAUCCUAGCAAGGCGGUGAAGAGGAGUCGUCUACAGCAGUACCAUCGGGAGGAAAGGAAACUCAAAGAUCUUCAGGAAGCCGUGUUCAGGUUACGACUGGAACACAGCCGAUCCUCACCACGCCCUGGCAUGAUAGCACAGCAAGGUGCUUCAGAUGAUAGCUCAUUGUCAGACUCAGCUGUUCUUGAUGAGGAGGAACUGUCUUCCCAGCUUUCUUCAGAGCCUCCUGCUCCUGCUGUAGAUCUUCACCCUCCAACUAUAACCAUCUCUCAUCCCCCUCCUCAUACACCUGUAGGCCCCUCCUACCUGCCCCUCGAGGCCAUUUCCCAUCAAACACCUCCACAAUCCCUGGAGGAUUUGCACACAUGCCAGAGUCCAAUCUUAGAGCAUGACCCUGCCCCCAUUCAAAACUCUCCCUGGAUGGAGACUAGUUUGGAUCAGCCCUAUCAGAAAAAGAAAAGAUCUAGUAGCAUCAAAUCCAAUAGUCCUGCUGUUACCCCCACCUUGCCUCCUCUGGAGGUUUGUCUUGUGGAGGCCGGGAUACCACUACAAAUACCCACCCAUGCUGCCCUGAAACACACACAGUCCUGCAGCGCACCCUCCACUCCAGAGAUGCACCUGCGCAGGAGACAAUCCCUUAGAUUUUCCAACACUGAACCUAACCCUUAUGAUCCCGAGCGGGAGCGUGGGCGCUCAAGGGGCCCCAGGAGACGGUUGACAGACUUUGGGGUGACGCCAUCAGAAUACUCCCCCAUAAGAUUGAAUGUCGGAAACCAUGUGUACUACUCUAGUUCUGAGGACAGCAACUCGGAGCACUCAGUGCAGUCCUACGCCAGCUCGCCCUGCCAGGAGUACCCUGGGGAACUUCCAUGGCCCCACCAAACUCAGUAUGGAUACCAUUAUUCCAGCCUCGCUGAUAGUCAUGUACCACAAAGAUGCUCCCCUACCCACUUCUACAAGAACCCUCAGUAUCAGUCUUCACCUAGUUUUUCCAGAGAGUAUGUGCAGGACGGAUGGGGUCACCCCUUAGAAAUGGACAGCGGAAGGUCGUACAUAAGCCACCAGGCCCCUUCGCCUGUUUAUUCUUCUAAUGGCCACUACGAGUACUGCUGCAGUGAGGCUUUUCCUUCCCAGCAACGAAGUUGCAGGUUGUUACCCGCCCACGUGAAACUGUCACGGGCCCCUUCGCUAAGAGAGUAUCCUCACCACCCUAGCAGGGGCCUGCCGCGGCAGGUGGUGUCGGAGGAGCUCAAAUCAUGGCAUCAGCGCAGCCAACUCCGACCGCAAUCACUGGAUCGGAACAGGCAGGGCACGCUCCGCAUCCGAAAUGCACCUGGGCGAGAGUCCCCGCUUUCACUUUCCCAGCACCACAGGUUCCAGGAACAACAGGUAUCCCAGAAACAGGUCAUUCUGAGGACUCCAGAUAGGUUGUAUGAGGAUGACUCUGAGGUUGCCAGCCAGGUGUGAAUCCAUGGACGCCCUUCUGACAAGUCAUAUUUAUUCAAUAAUUUAUUGGAGCUGAUGGACUAAAGGAUAGAGUUUUAACAUUGAUUAGAAACACACACACAGUAAUAUGUCUAGAAAGUCAUGACUUUCUAUGAAAUGCCUUGUCCCAAAAUAUGACAAUGAGUUUUACUGUGAAAGACAAUUAAAAAGUAUAUAUAUUUUAUAGAUUUUUUAUAGAUUAACAUACUUAUGGAUUUUUUUUUUUUUUUGUAUGAUGAAAUAAAAUCUAAUUUGUUACUAAGUGUAUUUUUAUGUUUCUUGGUUUGUGUAUGCUAAUACUAAGAUGAAUAAAGUUUGUGAUGAUUAGCCUAUGUUUGUGCAUGAUGAAAUCAAUCUUCGUUGUGAUUUAAAUAAUUAAUGGUUUGUAUUACUCUUU